AUGUUCCUUGCACAGCUACUCGCUUGUACGAUACAAUUUUGUCUCCAAGCUUACUUUCUUGUUUUGUACAUAAGUCAUCCAAAUCGUCUUUCAAUGUUACCAUCUAUCUUUUUUAUAGUAGUAUUUUCCAUGUACCUAAUAGGCAAUUUUUACAUUUAUUGCUAUUUAGCUGAAAUGUUACAAAUGGAAAGUUAUGCCUUUGCCGACACGACAUACAUUUGUGAGUGGUUCAAUUUACCAUCGCGGAAAGCAAAAUGUCUUCUUUUAAUAAUGCAAAGUGGAAACAAACCUGUAGAAAUAACGGCUGGAAAAUUUUUCGUCUUCAACUUUAGACUAUUUGGAAGUAUUGUUAAAACAUCACUCGGAUAUUUGUCAUUUUUAAUAACAAUGAAACACAGUAAUUAAUGUUUUCCAAAAAAGAUGCAUAAAAGAACACUGGA